GGGAGGUAUUCCCGGUCAGCCAUGUAUUCCCGAAAGGCCAUGUACAAGAGGAAGUAUUCCGCAGCUAAAUCCAAGAUUGAAAAGAAAAAGGAGAAAGUUAUGGCUACUGUCACAGUAGCCAAUUGGUGGUGACAAGAAUGGUGGUACUUGAGUGGUUAAACUUCGCAAAAUGCCUAGAUACUAUCCUACUGAAGAUGUGCCUCGAAAGCUAUUGAGCCAGGGCAAGAAGCCCUGCAGUCAGCACGUGAGGAAACUGCAGGCCAGCAUCACUCCCGGGGCCAUUCUCAUCAUCCUCACUGGGCGCCACAGAGGCAACAGGGUGGUUUGCCUGAAGGAGCUGAGCAGUGGCUUGCUACUUGUGCCUGGACCUCUGGCCCUUAAUCGAGUUCCUCUGCGUAGAACACACCAGAAAUUUGACAUCGCCACCUCCACCAAAAUCGGUAUCAGUGGUGUGAAAAUCCCCAAGCAUCUCACUGAUGCUUACUUCAAGAAGAAGAAGCUGUGCAAGCCCAGGCACCAGGAGGGGGAGAUCUUCGACACCGUGAAGGAGAAAUAUGAGAUUACAGAGCAACGCAAGGUUGAUCAGAAAGCCGUGGACUCACAAAUUCUGCCAAAAAUCAAAGCUGUCUCUCAGCUCCAGGGCUAUCUCCGCUCUGUGUUUGCUCUCACAAAUGGGCUUUAUCCUCACAAAAUGAAGUUCUAA